AAUGCGACGCAGGCUUCAGUCUGCCCAGACUGCCCACAGCUUCCACCCCGCGGAUUUACAGCCAAGUAUUGACGCAUCUUUUUUUGCCCAGGGAAAGCUUUCUCUCCCUCUGGUGUAUUUUUCGAAGAUGAGGUGGUUUGUGUCUUCAGCCAUGGUUUAGCUAAAAUCUUGGAUGUGUGAAGCAGCAGCCCGCUUGCACUGAGUCAGGAUGUCCAGUAGCUCGGGCUACCCCCCUACUCAGGGAAGCUUCAGCAGUGAACAGAACAGAUAUCCAGCACACUCUGUCCAGUACACAUUCAGCAGCUCACGCCAUCAACAGGAUUUCACUGUCCCAGACUAUCGGACACACAUGCAGGAUCCACAGGGUCGGAGAAGGCCGUCUCUGCUGUCUGAAUUUCACCCAGGAACUGAAAGGCCUCCAGAGAGGCGCCAUGGAUACGAACAGCAGUUCCACCCAGUCACAGGCCAACAUGAGCAUGAGGCAUUGGAGGCUAAACGCCCUCGUAUGGAGACUAUCGCUGAGGGCCACAUCACCCGUACACCUCCGAUGACGGGGGGCAUUGUCCUACCUAUUCCUCAUGCACUACAGGAUAGCCUCAGAGCCAGUGUGGAGCUCAAAAAGGAAUCACAGUACGCUGUCAAAGUCGAAGCCUCAUCUCCAGGUGGACCUGCACUGCACAUUGGGGACGAGCAGGACACAUCGCCUUCUAAAUUAUCCAAGGAAGAGCUCAUUCAAAGUAUGGACCGAGUGGACAGAGAAAUUGCUAAAGUGGAGCAGCAGAUCUUCAAGCUGAAGAAGAAGCAGCAACAACUGGAGGAGGAAGCAGCAAAGCCAGUCAAGCCAGAAAAGCCGGUGACCCCUCCUCCGGUGGAGCACAAACACCGUAGCAUUGUCCAGAUCAUCUACGACGAGAACAGGAAAAAAGCUGAGGAGGCCCAUAAAAUACUUGAAGGAUUUGGUCCCAAAGUUGAGCUGCCCUUGUACAAUCAGCCAUCAGACACAAAGGUGUACCAUGACAACAUCAAGACCAACCAAGUAAUGAGGAAAAAGCUAAUUCUAUUUUUCAAGAGGAGGAACCAUGCCCGAAAACAAAGGGAGCAGAAGAUCUGUCAGCGCUAUGAUCAGCUGAUGGAAGCAUGGGAGAAGAAAGUGGAGCGAAUGGAGAACAACCCCAGGCGAAAAGCCAAGGAGAGCAGAACACGGGAGUACUAUGAAAGACAAUUUCCUGAGAUCCGCAAGCAGAGAGAGCAGCAGGAGCGCUUCCAGAGAGUUGGACAAAGAGGAACCGGCCUUUCUGCAACAAUUGCCAGAAGUGAGCAUGAGAUUUCUGAAAUCAUAGAUGGACUUUCUGAGCAAGAGAACAACGAGAAACAGAUGAGACAGCUGUCGGUCAUCCCUCCUAUGAUGUACGACUCUGAGCAGAGACGAGUGAAGUUUAUCAACAUGAACGGUUUGAUGGAUGACCCAAUGAAAGUGUACAAAGCUCGGCAGUUCAUGAAUGUGUGGACCGAACACGAAAAGGAGAUAUUUAAGGAAAAAUUUGUUCAACACCCAAAGAACUUUGGCCUGAUUGCCUCCUACCUAGAGAGAAAGUGUGUUUCUGACUGCGUCUUCUACUAUUACUUGACUAAAAAGAACAACAACUACAAGACACUGGUGAGACGAAACUAUGGACGACGGAGAGGAAGGAACCAGCAAAUAACGCGUCCCUCACAAGAAGACAAGUCGGACGACAAAAACGAAGAGGAAAAAUGUGAGAAGUCAGAGAAGAAAGAGGACGAAGAAAAGAAGGACGAGGAAGAGAAAGAUGAAAAAGAGGAUUCUAGAGACAUUGGCAAGGACAAAGACAAAUGUGACGGUGGGGAGGACGAGGACGGAAAAGAGCAAAACACGCCACGUGGCAGGAAGACUGCCAACAGCCAGGGCCGCCGUAAGGGAAGGAUCACCACACGCUCCAUGGCCAAUGAGGCUGCGUCUGUGGUGGCUGAGGAAUUACCUCCUCCUGUCCCGGAGUCUGCCCUGCCAGAGCCUCCUCAGCUCCCAAAAUCUGAUCUAGCACAGAAGUCUAUGAAAGAGCCUACAAAACCCCAGACGCCAGUCACAUCCAUGGAUACAAAUAAAGCUGGAGCUGGUGAAACAGGAGAAACUUCUCGCUGGACCGAGGAGGAGAUGGAGGUCGCCAAAAAAGGCCUCGUUGAGCAUGGAAGAAACUGGACAGCUAUUGCCAAAAUGGUGGGCACCAAGAGUGAGGCGCAGUGUAAGAACUUCUACUUUAAUUACAAGAGACGUCACAACCUGGACAGCCUUCUCCAGCAACACAAGCAGGACACACGGCAUGCUCAUGGUGAUAGGUCUCAAGGUGAAGGUCUAGCAACAGCAUCACCUGAUGAUGAAGAGGACAAUGCAGAUGACAGUGAAGGUGAUAACAACAGCUCUGAUACUGAGAGCGCCCCCUCACCCUCUCAGAAUGAUUCUUCAAAGUCUGGUGACUCCAAGAGGACAGAGAGCGCCACACCAGACGCCAACUGCUCAGACCAGGACAAAGGCCAAACCAGCAACGGGAAGUCCCCAGACUCUUCAUAUGGAGAACUCCAUGUUAAGGAAGAAAAAAGCUCUGAGAGUGAGACCAGCUCUCAGGAGGAACGACCCAGGGUGGCUUCCUACUUGGGUUCUCUGCAUCCCAAACCUGAACCACAGGAUGUGGACAUGAAAACAGGAGACGUCCAGGUCAAGAUGGAGCCAGAGAUCAAAGAGAAGGCAGAAAAAGGAGAUGAAGGCAAGAGGCAGAGAGAGCUCAACUCUGACAAUGACUCCAGCGCCACCUGCAGUGCAGAUGAGGAUGUAGACGCAGAGCCUGAGAGGCAGCGAAUGUUCUCAAUAGAAAAGGCUUCCCUGCUGAACGCCGCAGGCUCGGUGCUGGUGUCCUCGCCCAAGCAAAGCCAGCUCAACAUCCAGCAAAUGCAGCAGCGGGCAGCUGCCAUCCCACCCAUGGUGCCAGGUCCGUUUGGUCCUGGCGGUGUGCCUAUCAGUGGGUUUGCCAUGUUCCAGCAUCAAAUCAAAGCUGUGCAUGAUUCAUCACACCAGGAAGACAAGCAGAGGCAGGAUCAGGGGGACACGGAGCGCAGACCCCCCUUCAACGCCCGCAGCCCCGCUGUGCUAGACAGAGAUGGUAAGGCCUUACCCUACAUGUCUUAUGAAAUGAAGCUGGUAGACCAGGAGGCCCACUCUGGGCGGCCAGGCUCUCCUUACAGACUUUCCCCCGAGAGCUGAGUAAGAGUCUCACACCAGCCUGACCCAGCCCCUAAUGUAUCCCGCUACAGUGUGCCACCAGUCCUCCACCCGGCACCCAACCAGCUGGUGCAAAGUGUGCCUGAUGGCGUCCGGGUGACAUUCAACAGACACAGUCGACCUGCGAACAUUCCUUCGCCUCCUCCACUCAUUCCAACCACAAAACCUGCAGACAAACCUUCAUUCAUCCAAGGAGGCUCAAUCUCCCAGGGAACUCCUGGCACAUACCUGCCGUCUCAUGCUGUCUAUGGGCCCGAGGGGACAAAGAGCUCUGUGGGUUCCAUAUCUCUGGGUCUGCCUCGACAGCAGGACCCCAACAAAUCUGGAGCUGCCGUUCCUUCCAUGCAGGAUGGCAGAGGCAACCCAGCAAAGGUGGGCGAAGGUUUGGCUUUCAGAGGAUCAAUCACUCAGGGCACCCCUGCCCUGCCACAGUCUAGCAUUGCUGCUGAUCUACUGAAAUGUACCAUCACAAAACUGGCCACAGACGACCUGAACAGCUCCGACAAGGCCAGAGGAGAACAGCUGGCUAAAGGGCACGUCAUCUAUGAAGGCAAGAGUGGACACAUCCUUUCUUAUGAUGCUAUAAAGAACCCCAGGGAAAACACCCGCAGCCCCAGAGCAGGCCAUGAGCUGAAACGCACUUAUGACAUAAUGAAGGAUCCAUGGGCAGGGGGCACCCUGGCAGGGAAGGGGCUCCUUUUUGAGGGUUUGAUUUGUAGAGCUUUGCCCAGAGAAGGGCUUCAUGGAGAUUCUAAGGAAAGACCACUGAUCACUGGAUCUAUCAUGCAAGGAACACCUAGAACCUCUGCAGAGAGCUAUGAGGAUACCUUGAAAUAUGGAAAACAAAUCAAACGAGAAAGCCCACCGAUCCGCUCCUUUGAAGGGGGUAUAGGCAAAGGCAAACCAUAUGAGGGAGUGAAUACUAUCAAAGAGAUGGGACGCUCUAUUCAUGAAAUCCCCCGUCAAGACCAGUCUGGACAAGAAUGCUGCAAGACUCCUGAAAUGUCAGACCGGAGGGUUAUGGAGUCCUCCAUGUCUCAGAUCCACCCUCAGAACCAACCUGCAAUCAAGCACAAUGUCAAGUCUUUAAUCACCAGUCCCACUAAGCUUCUGCACACCCUACCCCAGCUAGAGGUCAUGGAGCGAGCAAAGUACGAAGAGAGCAAAGCAGUAGCAGAGCGAGCGCGCCAUGCCUCUGUAGUUAACUCAACCACUUCAGUCCUUCGAUCCACACACCAGGAGGCUGGCAAAUCCCAGCUUAGCCCAGGCAUGUAUGAAGAUUCCAGUGCUCGCAGGACUCCUGUUAACUACAGCACCAAUCCAAUGUCCAGAGGAUCUCCCAUGCUGGCACGUGCAGAUGGUGGCAUGAGCUCUGCAAAGUCUGCUCCACUUGAAAGAAAGAGUGCCGUGACUCCCACUCAGAGGGACAGCAUCUCAGCCAAGUCUCCGGUGUCUGGUGGCGACCCUGUAGCCUCUCACAGCCCGUUCGAACCUCACCACCGGCCUGUUGUCCCCGGGGAAGUGUACCGAGCUCACCUGCCUCCACAUCUGGACCCUGCCCUGGCCUUUCACAGAGUUCUGGAUCCUGCAGCUUACAUGUUUCCCAGACAGCCCUCUCCAACAGGCUACCACAACACCUACCAGCUUUACACCAUGGAGAACACACGGCAGACCAUCCUCAAUGAUUACAUCACUUCCCAGCAAAUGCCAUUCCCACGGCCUGAUGUGGCCAGAUGCUUGUCGCCACGGGAACAACCAGUUGCAAUCCCUUACCCACCCGGAGCCCGGGGGAUUAUUGAUCUAGCCCAGAUGCCUCCAACUAUCCUGUUGCCUCACCCUGGGGGAACAGGUACUCCCACUUUGGAACGCAUCGCCUACCUCCCUGGAGCUCAGCCCCCUUUCCCUCCUAGGGCUUUCAACCCAGCCUCCAUAUCGCCAGGACACCCGGCUCACCUUGCUGCCACCGCUGCUGUCAGUGUAGAAAGGGAACAAGAGAGGGAGCGGGAGCAGCAGGAGAAAGAGAGAGAAAAGGAGAGGGAAAGGGAGCAGCGGGAGCGCGAACUCAGAGAACGAGAGCGGGAAUAUAUGCGUGGAGGUGUGGAGCAGCCGGGUCGACCAGGGAGUCGUGGUUAUUUGCACUCUUCUUCUCCUUCGGUCAGGUCACAGGAUGUGGUAGUUCAACAGCGGCCGAGCAUCUUCCAAGGCACCAACAGCAAGAGUGUCAUCACCUCUUUAAUGCCCUGUUCAUCAGCAGUGAUGGCAGCAGCUCAAAAUAGUUCUCGUUACAGUACGGCGGCUGACGCUUUGGCUGCUUUGGUGGAUGCUGCAGCUUCAGCCCCACAAAUGGAUGUGGCCAAGGCAAAGGAGAACAGACACGAACGGGAUGAUGAUAUGUCAUCUUCAGUGGUAGCUCGUCGAGGAACUGCUCUGUCAGAUCAGGAGGCAGACAGGCGAUCUAUGCAGUCACCGUAUGGUGCUGUGUCUCUGCCAGGGGGUAAGCCCCACCCAGCGUAUUCUGAGGGGCCAGUCAUGGGCAUUAAAGAGAAAGGUCCUCAAACUAAGUCUCGUAUUGAAGAGGAGCUCCGUACCCGUGGAAAAACAACCAUCACGGCUGCUAACUUCAUUGACGUCAUUAUCACACGGCAGAUAGCCUCGGACAAAGACUCCAGAGAACGAGGCUCUCAGAGCUCAGACUCCUCCAGCAGCUUGUCAUCGAGCCGAUGUGACAACCCGGGUGCAGGAGCCAUUGAAGUAAUUAGUCCUGCUAGUUCCCCUGUCGAACCACAACAGGACAAACUAGAAGAAAGGCAACCACAGGCUGCAGCAGCUGGCAUGCGGGCAUUCGACAUGAGCCGGUACCGAGCCCAGGGGGAUCCCAGUGUCCAGCAGCCUCCCUCCGCUCAAGCUGACAGCUACUCACAGAUCCCCAAGACACACCGGGUCAUGACCUUGGCAGACCACAUCUCGCGUAUCAUCACUCAAGACUUUGCCCGGAAUCAAGACCCUCCUUCAGCCUCGUCCUCAGCUUCUGCCACGUUCCAGAGUGUGGUGUCAUCCGUGCCAUCUUCAGGACGGGCCAAGGUGUCCAGCCGCUACAGUCCAGAGAACCAGGGCCAGACUGCACACCAUCCGAGAGCCUCCAGCAGAGUUUCCCCAGAGAACGCCCCUGACAAGUCCAGAACCAGACCAGGUAAAUCUCCAGAGCGAGGAGGAAGGCCGAUGGAGAACUAUGAACCCAUCUCUCCGCCCCAGAGCUACCAAAGCUUGGACAAGCAGGACGCGGUUGGGCUUCCACCGAGGCGGGAGACCGAUAACUCUGAGAUCAGGAGUGACUCUCGGUCCCCGGGCAGCAUCAGCUACCUGCCAUCCUUCUUCACUAAGCUGGAGAACACCUCACCAAUGGUGCAAUCCAAGAAGCAGGAGAUCUUUCGUAAGUUGAACUCCACCUGUGGUGUCGGUGAUUCUGAUGUUGGAAAUGCACAACCGGGCACAGAAAUCUUCAACUUGCCGGCUGUUACCAGCUCCAGCAGCAUCAACCCCAGGAAUCACACUUUUAGUGACCCAGCCAGUAACCUGGGCUUGGAGGACAUCAUCCGAAAAGCCUUGAUGGGCAAUUUGGAGGAUAGACAGGAGGACCAUCAAGGUGGAGGAGGGCCUCAAGUUAGCAGCAGCAACAACACAGGCAGUGAUGCUCGUCAGGAGACCAACCCAUCACCUAGUACAGGAAAGUCAAAACUGCAAAGCAAAGCCAACAGCCGGAAAUCGAAGUCACCUAAUCUGGGUCAGGCCUACGUGGGAGGGGAGCGCCCCUCCUCUGUGUCCUCUGUCCACUCUGAGGGAGAUUAUCACAGACAGGCCCCGGCCUGGGCCUGGGAGGACAGACCCUCAUCCACAGGAUCCAUGCAGUUCCCCUACAACCCGCUGACCAUGCGCAUGCUGAGCAGCACGCCGCCCACCUCCAUGGCUUCGCCCUCGAUGCAGAGUCAGCAGCAGCUGCCACCGCCAGGCGCUCCUGUGGCACAGCAGCGUGUGUGGGAGCGGGAGCCCCUGCUGUCAGAGCAGUAUGAGACUCUGUCGGACAGCGAUGACUGAGUCCCGCCAGCCAGGACACAGGCCCAAACUCAGGCUUUCCACCCCCCUCCUCUAGAAACAACCUCGUGCAUUGGCGAGGGUCACACAUAGAUGGGGUGGUGUCUAUGUUCCCCUUUGCUGGUAUGGUGCCCGCUGGCGUUCAGCUGUGGGUAAAGCAGCUCUCCAGAAGGAGCCUGGCGUUUGGUCCAGUAGCACUAACCAAGUCUUCUGGGAACAGAAACUAAACUUGACAGAGUGGAUGAUAUAUGAGCUGUAGUCAAAAUGAAGAACUGAGGAUGUAAAAAAGGCAGAAGAGACUAUUUCAGAAUUUUUGAUUUCUGUAAAGAAGAUACACUUUGUCUUUAAAAAAAUCUUUGUAUGUACAUAGAGUAACUUUUUGCAGUGUUUUCUUAACUUGAUUCUUAUUUUAAUGUUGCUUUUAAAUCGAUCCACUCUGAAGUGGGAAAAGUAGGGAUGUCAUCUGUUGUAUCAGUUUGGCACUCCUAGGCCACGCCCACCGCUGUCACCUGAGGUCCACGCCCCAGAGACUGGACGUUAGCCGAGGAAACUAAAUGCUAACUUUCACACAGUGUUUGUGUUCGAUGCCCGUCUUCAGCGCACAGCGGCGACCGUGCAUGGAUUGUAACUAUCAGAGGGUAGCAGUGACUUCUCACCUCAUUCUGAACGGGCGAACGUCUUCAAAACAAGUUGGGAACACUGGUGUCAGCGCAGAAUGGUGAAAAGUCUCAGAUAAGCUUGCUCACAAAGAAUCCUACUACUAAUGACUACUUCUGGGCCCGUUUCAUCCUGAUUAAUGAAAGUGAGCCAUUCCCUGUCUUUUCGAUGAAGCUGACCACAGUGUGUCACAUGCAGUUUCCAGCCUGUUUGUAAUGAUGGUAAAUAAAACUGUCAGGAGCGUUUCUGAGCGGUUUUGCUUUGUGACUUGAGAAAGAAGGCAGCUUUAAGUAAUUUUCUCAGAGGUAUAUGGUGUUUUUUUUUUUUUUUUGUUAUCCCCCCAUUUUUUUAACACACAAAUAUUUAUAUAUAUACACACACAGAAAUAUAUUUCUGUGUGUGUGUGUGUGUGUGUGUGUGUGUGUGCUGUCCUGACAGAAAUCUGAACUCUGUAAAUUGUCUUUCCAUGACAGAGAAAAA